GGCACAAACUGGCAGCUCUCUAGUCUACAGAGUUUCAACAUGAGGAUUAACUGCGGCGCUUCCUGUUACUACAUAACUUUGGCCGCAUGCGUUCCAGACACCGGUCUGCACCAAAGUUUCCAUGUCCUAGUUCAGGAACGUCGUAUAGGCAUUUUAGAUUUGAAGGUUUCUAUUGCUAGACCUCUAGGUAUAUAUGUGACUUUGACCACCAAGUGUCCAAAGAAGGAUCCCUUGCUACGUCCGCAUUGCAACGGAAUGUACGAUUAUGAUCUAGCUAAAUGGCCUGAAUGGCCUUCUUCAGAGAUUGCUUUCAGUGAUAGAAAGCGGUUUCACCUGGUGAAGGAAUCAGAGUUGGGAUCCAAUGAUUGGAUUACUCUCUACUUGGAACUUUCACUUGUUUCUCACGACAGGAGUAUUACAGAUCUUUAUCUGUCCCAAUUGGAGAUUGUUCAAGUGGCAAUAGAAACUAUUAAAGAUUGGAAUGAGAGUCUUGACGCAAAAACUGCAACAGUGGUCUAUAUCUGGUACAAAGACUUUGCAAAAGCUCUGCUCGGUGAGCCUCUUGAUCGCAAGGCUGUAGUAAGAAGAGUGAUGAAUGAGCGUUCGGGAUUACUGACUCUUGUCGGGGAUUACUGGCGUGGAGAGGAAGCUUUGAGUACUACUAACAAGACUCUUGUCGGGGAAUCCCUGAGUGGAGAAGAAGCUUUGAGUACUAACGAGACUCUUGUCCAGGAAUCACUGAGUGGAGAAAAUGCUUUGAGUAGUAACAAGAUUUCUAAAAAGCAAUCUGCAAAGCUUAGGCGUCGUUUAGGUGUUCAUAGGCUAUACAAGAACCGUGGCCUCCGCUCCAGAUGA